CAACGCCGAGCGGACGCGCGCGCCGGCCGUCUGUCCUUGCGGCGCGUCUCCUGCCCGCGUACGUCGGAAAUCCGCCGAGCGCCCCCGUCGGCCCGUCGGCAGUUCGCUCGAGAGCGGGGAAUGUCGAUCGAGCAGUGAUUGCACCGAGAACAAUUGCAGCGCCAAGAGUUGCACGUCGAUUGAUCCGGCGCGCGUGCGAGCGCGCUCGCUGCAAGUGAAUUAUCGAUGAAUGCGGGUGAAUGCACUGUUGUACACACAAGGCAGCUGCGCCGGAAAGAACGGACCUUCAUGGCACGCUCGAUAGGAAUUUCGUGAUGUACGAGGCAACAUUCCAGCAGCUUGAUGGAGACCUCGGAUUGACAUGGAGCUCAUGAUUCUCAAAAUUCUGAUACUGCUUUGCUGCAUUCUUCAUGGAGCCUCGGGUCAAUUGAUACGAGAUACGCGAUGCUUUCUGGAGAACGGCGCGACUGCGGCCCACCUGUUCGUCAGCGAGGACAUGAAGGUCGGCGACGUGAUCGGCGUCCUCGGCGUCCUCGGCGAUCCGGGGCCCCAGGGUGACAUUGAUCUGCGGCUCAAAGAGGACGACAGCCCGGUCCAGUUCUCAGCCUACUCGCGGAAUCUGACGCUCAUUCGAGCCCUUGACAAAGAGGGUGUCGACGGGCCUGCCAGCGUCUUCAUCAAUGUUAUCUGCGAGAGAAAGCAUACACUCGACCCGGGUUUCAUCAUACCUGUAAAUAUUAGAGUUACCGACGCUAACGACAAUGCUCCACAAUUCAUCAAUGCGCCCUACGUGCUCAAUAUAUCCGAGGUGACUGUGGUGGGCACACGAGUACUGCAAGGUGUUAGAGCGGUGGAUGCCGAUCAGCCGGGACCAUAUUCAACUGUUCAAUAUUCUAUUCUGCCGGGGCCUCACGCUGAUUUUUUCGUCUUUGCAAAUGCUCUGGAGGGGACGUUAGUUCUGCGCAAGCCUCUGGACUACGAAACUCUUAGCAAUUUUUCCGUGGGGAUACGCGCGCAAGAUCAUGGAAAUCCGCCACAAUCAUCGACGACUAUACUAUACGUGAAUGUCAUCGACGCGGACGAUCAAAAUCCUGCCUUCCUCAAUGACCAAUACAGAGUAUAUGUUCCAUUGCAAAUAAAAACGAGAAAAAUUUUACGCGUUGAUCCAGCACCGAUAAAGGCGGUAGACCAAGAUGUAGGCAUCAGCGCUCCCGUAAGGUAUUCUAUACAAGGCGCGAUUUUGCCAUUUCUCACGCUCAACUCCGAAACGGCCGAUUUGAUUAUCAUUCGUCCACUGCAAGAUCACGAACUCAUUUCUUCGGCAACACUCGUAAUUAAGGCAACUCAAAUAGACAAUCCCGAUCGGUAUACUUUGGCGACCGUUAUUGUUUCUAGAGAAGGAAGUACAGAAGAUGAUUCCGUAAAUGGAGUGAUCGGUGGACGUUUACCAGUGCGAUUUGUGCUGAAAGAUUACCAGGCAAGUGUUUCCGAAAAUACGCCACCCGGCAGCGUUAUUCUCACUGCGGGUGUCAAUAAAAUUGACCCGAAUCUUAAAUUUUGGCUAGUUGGUGCUACCGAAGAUUUGGAGAGAUUUUACAUUACCGACUCGGGCGAAUUGAUUCUCAAAGGGAACUUAGAUUACGAGCGAAGGAUUCAACAUAGUUUUCUGGUUCAUGUUACCGAUAAGCAUAACAACGACACGGCAAGAGUCAAUAUUUCAGUAGAAGAUGUCAACGAAUGGGAGCCAAGAUUUCGUCACCCUAGAUAUGAAUUUCACGCUAGAACCUUGAGGGAAGGUUCCAUCGUUGGUAGACUUGAAGCUGCAGACGGCGACCGCGGUGACCGAGUUUCAUUGUCUUUAAGGGGACCGGAUGCUAGGUCGUUUGAAAUUCGUGAUAACGGAGAACUGAUUCUGCGAUCAAUGGGACCAUUCAACGGCAGCAUAGCUCGGCUAGUCGCAAUUGCUUCCGACACGGGCAAACCUCCAAGAUCGAGCAUGAUACCAGUGAUAGUACAUCUGCCCGACGUGGCCAGCACAACGCCAGUAGCAGCGAGAGCAGCUCCCGCUUGGCUCGGCAGCAGCGUCCUGUUGGUCGCGGUCUUCGGCGCGGUUCUCGGCCUCCUCGGAGUCGUCAUACUCAUUCUCAUUUUGUAUAUUUACAAGCACAAAAGGCCGAAGAGCGGGGGAUCCGUGAGUUCCGUUGGCACGGGGUACCGAGAAAAGUCGCCAGUCCCGUCGGCUUUGAGCCCUACACCGCAGAUAUUGGGCGCCAGCAUUCUACAGGACACCCUGGAAAUAUCGCGAGAGAGGCGAUGCGCGUCCAAUGACAUUGACAAUCCGGUAUUCGGAGAGGACAAUGACAGCUACAACGCGACAAUGAAAAGCGUGAUGUCGAGCCGACAAAUGCCGCUGUACUCGAGGCACAAAGUGGCGCCUGCGCCCGAGCCACCCGCUCUCUCGGCGACGUCCAACAUACCCAACGUCGGCGGCCUCGUGCAGAACAUGAACGACUUGAGCGCCCGCAGCAACAUCAACAAUCUGGAAACGGGCUCGCAGAACUCCUCCAACUUCUCGGGGGAUCCGCCGGACUCGUUGGCGCCGACCUGGCCUGCCGAGUCCAUGUCCAGGAGAGUGAAGAAACUCUCGUGGGACGACGACGAUCGGACGGUCGACAGCGUGGAAAUAGCAGCGGAAGCUCGAGCAAGCACCAGCCAUGCGAACAACGAACAGCUCAACUUGACCGUCUACUUUUAAGCUUCCGAUCGAGAGACUCCCGCAUCUCUUGUGUUGUACAGAUUAUUGCCUACACUGCAACAUUCUCGGCAGUCGUGCCGAGAAUACUUUGUAUGUACCUUUUGCGUCGU